AUGAUUUUGAUGGAGAAUACAUCAGAGGUUACUGAUUUUAUUCUUGCGGGGUUAACAGAUGCACCAGCACUUCAGAUCCCUUUGUUUAUUAUUUUUACUCUCAUUUAUUUCAUUGCACUAUUUGGGAAUCUUAGGAUGAUCAUGAUGAUUCUGCUGGUCCGACUUCACACUCCCAUGUACUUUUUCCUCUGUAAUCUCUCCCUGGUGGACUGUGUUUAUGCUUCAGCAAUCACUCCCAAGGUGAUGGAAGGGUUUCUUACAGGAAAUAAGAUCAUAUCCUUCAAUGCAUGUGCUGCCCAAAUGUUCUUCUUUGUAGCCUUUGGGGCUAGUGAAAGUUUAAUCCUUGCCUCAAUGGCUUAUGACCGUCAUGCAGCAGUGUGUAAACCCCUACACUACACUACCAUCAUGACAAGUACCACUUGUAUCCUAAGUGUCACCUGCUGCUACGUGUGUGGAAUCUUGCAAUCCUCUAUCCAUGUUGCUCUUGCAUUUCGUCUUUCCUUCUGUCAUUCCAAUAUGAUUAAUCACUUUUUCUGUGACAUUCUCCCACUGCUGACUAUUUCUUGUUCUGAAACUCACACAAAUGAGAUUAUACUCCUUAUCUUGGCUACAUUAGAUCUUGUUUUCACUCUCUUGGUUAUUUUAAAUACUUACCUGCUUAUUUUCGUUGCUAUCCUGAGGAUGCGUUCAGCUGAAGCACAGAGAAAGGCCUUCUCUACAUGUGCAUCCCAUCUCAUCACUGUGUCCAUCUUCUUUGGUUCCCUUAUAUUCAUGUACUUACAGCCCAGAUCUAGUCACUCCAUGGACACAGACAAAAUUGCUUCAGUGUUUUAUACCAUGAUCAUCCCUAUGCUGAACCCUGUGGUCUACAGCCUGAGGAACAACGAGGUCAAAAAUGCAUUUAAGAAGAUUGUUGGAAAAUUACUAUCUUCACUUUGUUCAUUUGAUUAA